GAGGGAGGGGAAUGGAUCUUUUCUGUGAGUCUCCGGCGCUCCUUCAGACUGCUCCCCACCACCUGUCCUUGACUUACUGUGCACAGACAAGACUAAGAAGAAGCUACACUGCUCACUCUUCCUCUGCUACCUUUCUGUCCAGGUUUAUGUGAGCAACCACAGUAUUCUUAAACAUCUGUUUCUGUUUGCUGCUUCUGUCUACCUGUGGUGCUCAUUUGUAGUGGUGAGGGGGGAAACAUUCGUCCUCGGGCGGUGGAGCUCUGAUGGGUGGCAGCGUUGACUCUGGCUGGGACUGGGGAUGCUGAACGGAGGGAGGGAGGGCCUGUUUGAGCUGGGACAGCAGCUCCAGCAGCAGGGGGAGUACCAGGCUGCCCUCCACUGCUUCCUCAGCUGCCUGUUGGGACUGACCCAUGUGCAGAGCUUCUCCUCUCUGCCCAACUGCUUACACCAGAUAGCUGAACUCUUCAUCACCGAAAAGAAUUAUGGGAAGGCCCUCCAGUUCAUCCAGGCUGAAAAGAUGUUCUAUGAAGUGGCAUUGAUUGAGCUCACAGCUCUUCAGGGGAGCCCAGGGCCUCAGGAAGAGGCCACGCUGGGCUCCGCAGGAUGGACAACCCCAGAGGACCUUUCAGAGCAGGCCUCCCAGGCACGACACCUCGAACGGCUGGCCCAACUCUGCAUCAUGAGCAAACAACCUCAUCUUGCUCUAGAAUACAGUGGUAAGGCAACAAAGAUUCACCAAAGAGCCUUUGGUAAUGACCAUCCAAUUACAGCCAGAAGCCUGGAGCUCAUGGCAACUGUCUAUGCUGAAAUUGGCAAGACCGAAUAUUCCGACUCUCUGGGCCAGUGUGUGUCUGCGCUGUCAAAACGUUUCGCUGCUGCAGAAUCUCUUAGAGACACCGUCAACUGUCUUCCUCACUCCCACCGAGAGAAACACUCAGAGGUACGCCACAGAAAGGACACGCACCACCAACAGAAGGACACGUCAAAGCCUAAGGUAAUCAGUGGCAAAGUCCCCACCUCCAUUCUAAAGAGGCCAAGCCCAAGCUACGGGUCAGACAUAGAACUCAACCACAGACGGAAAGGCGAGCGCAGGGUUCGAUUCAGGGAGCCAGAGACCACGGUACAUGCCUAUGAGACAACACCAUCCCGCCCCCAUCUCGCCCUGUUCACCUGCCUCUUCCUGCUGAUGUCAUGCCUGGGCGUGGCUAUGUACUGCACAGACCGCCGGCGCCCACAGCGAGUGUGCGAGGAGCUGGAGGCUGCUUUGGCAGUCUACCUGCUGCACAUGAAGCAGCUUCUGUGGGGCUGCUGGAUAUGGUUGACCAUGCAGUGACUUUUACCAACCACAAGUGGAGACAUGGAGCCUCCUUUCUGUUACCUUUUUCAGAUCCCUCUCUUUUUUCUCCUAUCUUUGAAGGUGCCCAGGCCUACAAACACCUCAGCCAUUAGACAAGGCUCUGUCCACUGGGGUGUUACACCUCUUCCACAGCAAAAAAGGGAAAAUGUACAAUCCCAGAAAUAUGUAGCUUUCAAUGUCUGUAUAUAUAUAUAUAUGUAUAUAUAUAUAUAUAUACACAUAUAUAGUGGUGGGCAUGCCACUACAUAUUUAAGUUGUGUUUUGCACACUAGCAAUGUUGCUCACUUAUAAUGCUCAUAUAAUCACCAUAAUCAUGUGAUUUUUAAAAUUCUGUGAGAGAACGUUUCCAUGGAAUGCAUUUAUUUUGUUACAGUACUUGAUUUGUGUAUAUCAGAUAUUACACAGAAAUGAAUGUGUAUAUAUGGCUUAAUAUACUAAGGACUAUCACUAUCAGUAUUUAGUCUUGCAAUUGCACAUUAAUGAAUGUAAAGAUGUUUGGAAAAGGCUUGGACUGACACGGUGCACAUCUGAUAGAAGAAGAGAAAUAGAAACUGUUCAGUAAUGAUCAGUGAGACAGUAAACAAAAGGCUGCAUCACUUUACAGUACAAGGUUCAAUGACUUAGAUAUGAAAACACCUUGUUAUUUUCCGACUGUCUGGUCGUCCAGGUGAGUGAUUCCUAGGUCCACUGAAGAGAAGGUCUGCAGCACAAUAUUACCUAUUAAUGAAGAGACUAUACUCGAACUGGACGAAUGCUUAUGCUUUUAACAGUUUCCCUCUUUGUAACUGCUUGAAUCCCCUCCCCUAAAAGCCCUUUAUCCUACAUGUGAUAUAUUCUUCUAUACUCUAUGUCCACAUCUACACAAGAAUUGGACUUUCAGUUAUUUAAACUUUUUUAUCUUUUGGUUACCUGUGGUGUUUUUUAUUCAAACAAUAUUCAGGUUUUAAUUGUGAUGUCAAAUUUCCAUCUGGCUUUUGAAGAGUGUAAGGAUGGGUGUAGGUUCAACAAAUAUUUGCAACACAUUUUUUAAAAAAAAAAAAGAGAAACAACCUCAUGUCAAGUUCAGUUCUCUUUUUGAG